ACAUGAGUCAGGACAGCGGUGUCUGCGGCGCGGGUCCGGGCCCGGCGCAUCUCCUCGGCAUGGAUGUGCUGCAGGUCUGUGUGAUUGUGCUGAGCUUGUGGACAAUUCCAGUCAACUGUCAAAAAGAAAGCCUGGAUUCAAGUUUGGAAAUUUAUAAAAAACUUUUUGAAACAAAACGCAAAGACCAGAUGCAUGCGCUGAAGAACAUGAUUGAAUUGAAUGACAUUAACCAGCAGUACAAGAUCAUUGACAUCAUGUUGAAAGGACUAUUCAAGGUUCUGGAAGAUUCUAGAAGUGUCUUGACAGCUGGUGACAUCCAACCUAAUGGUCCCUUCCCGAGGGAUGAAAAGCUGAAAGAUGCUUAUUCACACAUUGUUGAAAACACAGCGUUCUUCGGGGAUGUGACAUUGCGUUUUCCUAAGAUCGUCCACCAUUACUUUGACCACAACUCCAACUGGAACAGCCUCAUCCGCUGGGGAAUCAGUUUCUGUAAUCAGACAGGGGUUUUCGACCUGGGUCCCCAUACACAGCUGCUCAGCCUGAUGGCUCAGGAGCUGGGGAUCAGUGAGAAAUCAGCCGACUACAAGAAUCCAUUUAAAGACGAGAAAGAGUUUAUCCACAGCACAGACGUGUUCCAAAAGGCUUUGAAAGACGAGGAAAAGAGAAGNAAAAAAGAAGAUAAAAGGAAAGAACUCCGUAAAGGACCAAGGAUCACAAAAACACGGAAUGAGUUAUGACCUCUGAAUGUCCAGCGAUGUCCCAGAUGCUGCUGCCGUUGCCUGGAGUUGGUUAAAUGUUCCACUAUCUUAAAUCUCUGUAUUUGUGUCAACAAAGCCAUUGUGGCCAGGCAGUGACCUAUAAUAUAGGUUUGCACUCG